GCAGUUCCAUUUCUGUAAAGCUUAAGUGAAAAACACUUUUUUAUGAUUGUACUAGCUGAUAAUUAAAUAAUAAUGUCUUUUAGGUGUGGGAAGGUCUUGGAGUCGUGAAAACUGGACGUGUUAUGCUUGGGGAGACAGAUCCUGUGAGUUUAAUUUUAGGCCUAGUUGAUAACUUUUUUGAAUUUAUUUUUAUUGAAAUGACAUGUGGAAUUAACGUGUUGUACCAAUAUUUCUUAUCUAUACUACUCUUGUCAGCCAUCCUUUUUUAAGUACAUCUUAUUUAAAAUUUAUUUUUGGAGUUUUUCCAAUCAAUAUUUCCUUGCGAAGCAACGGCCAAAGGCUGUUGCAUAACAUGUACUGUGAAAGGUUUGAACCCAGGAGUUAUUUCAAAAGUAGCUUGAGUUUGAUCGUCCGAGUGAACAUAGUUCUGAAUAGGACUGUUGUUGCUGACAGUGACUGACGUUUCGACAACCUGUGCGGUAGUCAUCUUCAGAGUCAAGGUGAGUUGUAUCACGUCAGUUGAUGGUAUUAUACUCUGGUUAUUGAUCUGAUUGGUCAAUUACGUCGCGAUGUUGUUGGUCGUCUGUCAGUUAAGCCGUGAUGUUAUUGGCUAUGAAGACUCGUAAUCAGUAAUUGGUGCGUUUCGAUCCCUCUAUUGUCACAGUUAAACAGUCGUCUAUUGUUAGUCAAAUUGUCAGUUCUCCAGUCUUUCUCUCGUAGUUAGUUUUGCUUGAUCUCGUCAUUAAGUCGUUUGUACGACGCUGGUAACUGUUCACUGACUGUUGACUACGAUUCAGUGUCGUUUGUUCUAAGUUAGUAAACCAGCUUUCUAAAGUAAGACGUUGAUAGUAGUCUGUAGAAUACGUUAUACAUGUCGCAGAGUCCCAGUCAAUUUGAUGUUUUGUCUUUAAAUGGUGCCCAGCAAUGUGUUUGUUGACGUCACCAUUCCUCGUCGCUCGUUUGUGUUCGGUCAGUCGCGUGCUUAGGUUGCCGCCGGUUUCACCAAUGUAAGAAGCCUGGCAGUCGCAGCAUUUGAUCUUAUAUACUGCUCUCUGUCUGUCCUCCGGUUUGUAUUUGUCCUUGACAUUAGUAAGCAGUCGCCGUAAAGUGGUUAUCGGUUUGUGUGCAACACGUAUAUUGUAAGGUUGUAAUAGACGUAAUAUACGUGCAAUAGUUUCAGAGGUGCCUCUAAUGUACGGUAUAGUCGCUGUCGUAACAGGACCAGAAUUGGUUGUGAGAGGUCGGGUUGUACGAAGACUGGUCUAGUAAUCGGUCGAUAUGUGUCGGUUUUCUGUAAAUAGACGCCGUACAAACGACUUUUAUUAUAUACAUACUGAGAAAUACUCACCAAAAAGCUAUGUCGACUUUAAUUCCACAGGAAAGGCUUAAAAUAAAAUAUUUUGCCAAUAAUGCCAUACAUCCUCGCCUGGCAUAGUGGUAACAGAUUGUCCCAACAAACAGGACAUACAUGUGAAUACAAUACAAUACUUUAUUCAAGAGAUAAAAACUAAAGUUACAAAAUAUCUCUCAAAAGGGGAUAUCUAAGGGUCAACCCUAUAUAAAAGAUUUCCCAAAAUGAAAGAUGAAAAGGUAAAAUCUAGAAUCUAAAACAUUAUAUAUAGAGAGAAAAAUCUAAAACCUAAAAAGUAGAAUAAAAAACAUCGUUUGCACGUCAUAAUUAAAACUAUUUACAAUCGUAUUAAUCAAUAUUCAUAUAAAUCCUUAAUCUGUUGCGAAAUAAAGUCAGCGAUCCUGCGUGUACAACAUCUUUAGGCAAGUUAUUCCACACAUUAACGAUCCAUACCAGAAACAAAGAAAGAACAUUCGUAACAAUUUAUCAUGGCAAGCGUUUACAUUAUAUUAGCUUAUAAUCGCGAUUGGCUCUAGUUCGAUUACACUUAGUAAGUUCAAAAAAAGUCCGAAAAAGGAAGGCUAUCUAUUCCAAAAACUAUCUUGUAGCACUGAACUAGAGAUAAGAACUCUCUACAUUUCUCCAGAGUUUGCCAAUUCAGUAAGCGGCAGCGGUCUUCCCGUGAUGCUCUUCUUUGGACUUUUUCCAAGGAUUCAAUACCUUUAUUUGGUGGGGCACCAGACAGGGGCAGCGUAUUCGAGCAUAGGUCUUACCAACGACUUAAAGAGUGAUCGUUUCUGAGUGAUCGCUUAAUUACACCCCACACUUUGUUUGCCUUGUUACUAUGUAAGAGACGUGUUUACCCCAAGAUAGAUCGUAGUUUACUGUGACCCCUAGGUCCUUGACACUUUCAACAGAUUUUAGUUGCACACCUAGAGAUCAUCUCUGAAAUUUUAAACCAGUAUAUUUGUCAUAUUUCAGGCAAACUCAAACCCAGGAACAAUCCGUUGGGAUUACUGUAUUGAGAUUAAAAGGCAAGUUUAUUGAUGAACACAUUAUCAAUGCUUUAAAUGAAACACUCUUACCCAUGCUUUGUUUUGUGUUUCAAUGUCGUAUUUGCACUGGUUUUACAAUCCUGUCUUAACCUUCAUGAUAAGGACUAAAAUGAAUGUUAAAACAGGAUCAAAAGUCUGCCCAGAUCACCUCAAAACGACAGUGGAACAUAAAAUACAGAAUGGGUUAGUGUAUUUCAUUUUUAUAUUUUAUUUCAUUUCAGUAAGCUCCAAAUAAUACAGCCAAUUUUUCACAAUAAAACUGUUUCCAUAUGAACCCUUCAAAAGUUAAGUUAAUUCAGUAAAGUUGACUUUUUAAAAGCACAUAAUGUUUACUAUAUAUUCAGUGCGGAGGAGUGGGGGCACUUAUUUGAAGGGGUUGCUUAUUUAACAAUUAUUCCACGAGUGCGCGUUAAAUAUGAGAUGGUAGAUAGCCAACGAGGUGGGUAGCGCUGAGUUGGCUAUAAUCAUCUCAUAUCCAACAAGGGCGAGUGGAAUAAUUGUUUUAUUAAAGACGCCAACAAAAUAUCGAGAAUUCUUCCCGACUUUAUUUGUAAAAACAGCCGAUUUUCAGCUUGUUUUUGAUAUUGUUAGCAGACGCGUAGAGUUACCAUAUUUUGAGAGCAUGGUAUAAUGGCGCAUAUACCAUGAUGGCUAAGCCAAUCAGAGCUCUAAUGAUUCAGUUUUUAAUAAUUAGGAUUAUUAGCCUGAACAGGACCAACACUUAUAAGAGCAGGGUCCGAAAUUGCGCCUUCCUGGUCGCCAAUGCGAGUAAAAAUUUAGUCCUGGCGACCAGAAUUUCAUAGCUGGUCGCCAGCUAUGCCGCCGUUCGGAGAAACUGAUUAAGAAUUGAAACCUCGAAAAGCUAUUUGCCAACAGGUGUCUUCCUUUUUGUCCUGCUGAUAUUUUUUAAUUAAAAAGGAAACGAAUCUUCCUGUAAUAAUACCUCCACAACAGCUACGAUCAAUAGGAGUUGAACGUUUCCAAGCCGCCAUUAGUAAUGUGGCACAAAAAAAAUGUGGCCUGGUACGAGCAACAUGGCGGCUAUGUUUCGUGGUUGUUUUGUGGAUUGUUUUGUGGUAGUUAUCGGAAGAAAAUAGUUUUGAUAUGAUCCGGUACAGUCAUGGGCAGACAGCUUUCUGUUCCUACGUUCUAGAUCAGAUGGCUUUACAUGUAUAUCUCCAAAAAGUAAUUUUUGGAAAAAAUGAGACUUCACUCGUACACGUACGGUUUCUCUCUGGUAUCGGGAGCGGAAGUAUUGCAAUUUUUAAGCUCAAAAACGUCCAUACCAUGCAUUUUUUAUUCGUGUUUAAACUUUUAUUUGAAAAAAAGGGAGGGGGAAUUUUUGGCGACCACAAUUUGCCCUCUGGCGACCAAAAAUUUAUACUUGAUCGCCAGUUGGCGCUCAUAUUAAAAAGUUAAUUUCGGACCCUGAAGAGGGGGUGCUUUUUUGAAACUGGCUGCUAAUUUAAGUGGCAGUUUACCAAAUAAGUCAGUAGACCAAAUAGUCUGAAGUUCUAAACCCAGAAAUUAAUGUACAUCAUUAUCUAAAGGUGAAGACACGUACCUUGUCCCAAGGGCUUUUUCUUUAGUAAAUGAAAAAAGAACUGUACACGAGGUUGAGGUGACGGAAUGGCUUACAGCAAAUUUGUUUUUUUUGAAAUCAUAAUUUUAUAAAAAUAGUUUUCUUUUGGCAAUUUUAUUUUAGUUAUGUAGUGGUAAUAAGCUUAGAAUACAUAAAGUGGAAAUUCCCCUUCAUUACUUGGAACUAACUAUUAUUGGCAGUCGGUUUUACUCCGCUCGUGUUGAGUACCAGGGAAAACUUCUGUAUUUAUUUUCCUAGGUAAUGGUUGGGUGUUUUUGCGCAACAAGAAUCUUUUGUGAUUCUUACGUACAAUUUAGUGAUAAGAAAAGAUGUUAUUAAGCAGGUCAUGGUGGACUCCGAUUACUUACUUUUGCCUGAAUUUAAGCAACGAAAGAAAGAAACCGCCGCCUGGUUAGCUCAGUUGGGAGAGCGUCGGUCUGCUGAGCGGGAGGUCGCGGGUUCUAAACCCGGCCGGACCAACACUCAGGGUUUUUAAAUAACUGAGAAGAAAGUGCUGCCUUUGUAAUGACUUCUGUAAAUGGUUAGACUUUCUAGUCUUCUCGGAUAAGGACGGAAAACCGUAGGUCCCGUCUCACAGCACUUUUACUCAUUUGUUCCUGUGGGACGUAAAAGAACCCCACAUCGCUAUUUGAAAAGAGAAGGGGUCAUAGAACCCGGCGAUGUGGCCAACCUUUACGGGUCGUGGGAUUGGGUAGGGAUGGCACCUCGCAUGGGACCUGAUUCCCGUUCGUGCACAUUCCCUCGGAGCAGGCCUGUGUCCAGAAAAGCUGGUUGAAAAAAUUCCUGGGUUACUUGGAUUCCUAAGUUCAGAACUUCGUUUUUACUCCCUAAAACAGUCCUUAAGAAGGAUUGCAUAAAUGGAGAAAAAGAAGUCACUAUUCUUUACUCUAGCCUGCGAAUACAGCCGUAGCCUGCAGAAGAGGUUUUAUUUCUUCGUGAUUUUCAGGCGGGGGAAGGGAAACGCGAGGCGGGCCAGCGUGCCUCGCGCUCUAUGUCGCCUCGCGCUGGCCUUCGCUCGCCUGAUAAACACGAAUAAUGCCUGUUCAAGCAUCUAAUACAGGAACCUCUCCCUGAAUGCUCCUCGUCACUGGAACGUUUCAUGACAGAGACGCCCCAAUGACGACCAGGGACGAGUUUAUUCGCAGGCUGUCUUUACUCGUGAAUUUUCUGACCUGACCAGCUGACGAGUGUCGUGUGUUUCAUUUUAGGACUAUUAUUCAUGGCAGUGACUCGGUAGAAAGUGCAGAAAAGGAAAUUGCUCUUUGGUUUAGUAAGCAAGAAGAAAUGGUGGAUUGGACUCCUGCAGCCUUUAAAUAUAUUUAUGAAAAAUGA